GUUUCGACAGUUCUAUAGUUUCGACCGUUUCGAUAGGACUGGGCAAAAAACAUGCGGAUUGUAAUAGCUUUGCUGGUCAUUGGCCUCGUUGCUGCCAAACACAUCAAAAAUGACAAGAAAAGACAGGCCAUGGGGUGCGUAUACAAGGGUCAAACUUACCAGACAGGGGCCAAGUGGACAGAUGGAUGUGAUUACAGCUGCGUGUGUGAAAAUGGGGCCGUUGGCUCUUACAAAUGUACUGACCUGUGUCCGUCAUACCAGUCGCUGCCUUCUGCAUGCACACUUGUGACCAAGCCGGGCGAGUGUUGUGGGACACCACAAUGUAACUUCCAGCCAACCAGUGGUGGAACCUCGUCCGGAGGUGGCACUAUUACUGGAACCUCGACUGGAUCAGGAACUACGUCCACAUGUCAUGGAGAUGCUUUGAGCAACUGUCAGUCUUACACCACCGCCGUAUGCACGGAUGCUUCAUACAAAGACUGGGUCCAGACAAACUGCUGCGCCUUCUGUGCGAGUUACUACAGUGGCAGUGGUGGGACCAUAGGCGGUGGAACUAUAACUGGCGGAGGAACUGGUGGCACCACCACCACAAUGACCUGUAAUGGUGACACAAUGGCCAACUGCGACUCCUACGGCAAGGACAUGUGUACCAACACAGACUACGCCCAGUGGUCUAAAGAACACUGUUGUGUAUACUGUGGAUAUGGUAUGGGGACCGUCAUGACAGUGACCGGAGGAAGUGGAGGAACUGUAACAGGCGGUACCGGAGUCAUGCCUGGAGGCACCAUUACCGGAGGUGGAACUAUCACUGGAACUGGAACUGGAACAGGAACUGGUACAGGGGGAAUGGUACCGGGAGGUGGCACAAUGAAUGGAGGUACCACCACCACCACAAUGACAUGUAACGGUGACAAAAUAUCGAACUGCGCCUCCUACGGCCAAGCCACGUGCACCGAUCCAAACUACGCCCAGUGGUCUCGGAUCAACUGCUGUGUAUACUGUGGAUAUGGCAUGGGGACCGUCAUUCAAGUGCCCGGGGGAACAAGUGGAACUGGAGGAACUGUUACAGGAGGUACUGGCACAGGUACAGGUACCGGAGGUACUAUCACAGGCACUGGAACAGGCACUGGCACAGGCACCACCACCACAAUAACCUGUAAUGGUGACACAAUGGCCAACUGCGACUCCUACGGGAAGGCCAUGUGUACCAACCCAGACUACGCCCAGUGGUCUAAAGAGCACUGUUGUGUAUACUGUGGAUAUGGCAUGGGGACCCCCAUGACAGUGACCGGAGGAUCUGGUACCGGAGUCGUGCCUGGAGGCACCAUUACCGGAGGUGGUACUAUCACUGGAACUGGAACAGGCACUGGCACUGGCACAGGGGGAAUGGUACCGGGAGGUGGCACAAUGCCUGGAGGUACCACCACCACCACCACAAUGACAUGUAACGGUGACAAAAUAUCCAACUGCGCCUCCUACGGCCAAGCCACGUGCACCGAUCCAAACUACGCCCAGUGGUCUCGGAUCAACUGCUGUGUAUACUGUGGAUAUGGCAUGGGGACCGUCAUUCAAGUGCCCGGGGGAACAAGUGGAACUGGAGGAACUGUUACAGGAGGUACUGGCACAGGUACAGGUACCGGAGGUACUAUCACAGGCACUGGAACAGGCACUGGCACAGGCACCACCACCACAAUAACCUGUAAUGGUGACACAAUGGCCAACUGCGACUCCUACGGGAAGGCCAUGUGUACCAACCCAGACUACGCCCAGUGGUCUAAAGAGCACUGUUGUGUAUACUGUGGAUAUGGCAUGGGGACCCCCAUGACAGUGACCGGAGGAUCUGGUACCGGAGUCGUGCCUGGAGGCACCAUUACCGGAGGUGGUACUAUCACUGGAACUGGAACAGGCACUGGCACUGGCACAGGGGGAAUGGUACCGGGAGGUGGCACAAUGCCUGGAGGUACCACCACCACCACCACAAUGACAUGUAACGGUGACAAAAUAUCCAACUGCGCCUCCUACGGCCAAGCCACGUGCACCGAUCCAAACUACGCCCAGUGGUCUCGGAUCAACUGCUGUGUAUACUGUGGAUAUGGCAUGGGGACAGUCAUUCAAGUUCCCGGGGGAACAAGUGGAACUGGAGGAACUGUUACAGGAGGUACUGACACAGGUACAGGUACAGGUACCGGAGGUGGUACUAUCACGGGCACUGGAACAGGCACUGGCACAGGUACCGGAGGAGGUACCAUCACGGGCACUGGAACAGGAACUGGCACAGGUACAGGUACAAUUAUCGGAGGUGGUACCGGUACAGGAACGGGGACAGGCACUGGUACAGGAACGACAACAUUUUCCUGCAUGGGAGACACUAUCAGUAACUGUGCUGAUUACACAACUGCUGUUUGCUCCAAGCCGGACUUCACGAAGUGGGUGCAAGACCAUUGCUGUGCCUUCUGUGGCUCUCCUGUUGUUGGCCAUCCAAUGACCGGGGGAACUGGAACUGGUACGGGAACUGUGCCGGGGGGUACCGGAGUCGUGACAGGUACUGGCACAGGAACUGUGCCGGGUGGUAGUGGCACUAUGACAGGAGCGUGCGCUGAUAUGACGGCCGACUGCGCCUCCUACACCACCGCUGUGUGCUCGAACGCCAACUACAACGACUGGGUGAACAGGAAUUGUCUGAAAUACUGCGGGCGUUGUGGUACAGGUACCAUUAUCGGAGGUGGUACCGUUACAGGAACUGGAACAGGCACAGGUACAGGUACAAUUAUCGGAGGUGGUACCGGAACAGGCACUGGCACAGGUACAGGUACAAUUAUCGGAGGUGGUACCGGAACAGGCACUGGCACAGGAACAAGCGGUGGUACCGUCACACAUACAGGCACCUGUCACGACGUUCUUACCAAUUGUGCGACAUACGCUGCUGACGUAUGUACCAGCCCCGACUAUAAACAGUGGGCCCAGCAGAACUGCGCAAGCCAUUGCAAUCUCUGUGGAACGAUGACUGGUGGUACAAGCGGAACAGGAAUGGGAGGCACUGGUGUCAUAACAGUGGCUCCUGGUACGCGAUUGUGCGCAGACAAGGUUGACUGCUCGACGUUUGAACCAGCCAUCUGUACGAACUCCUCAUACGCCCAAUGGUCUAUCGACAACUGUCCCAAGUUUUGUCAUUAUUGCGGAACUGGGACAGGCACCGGUACCGGUACAGGAGGCACUAUAAUCGGAACGGGAACCGGCGGAACAGGAACCGGUACCGGUACAGGAGGCACGAUAACCGGAACGGGAACCGGCGGAACAGGAACUGGUACCGGUACAGGAGGCACGAUGACCGGAGCUGCAUGCGCUGACGCAAUCACCAACUGUGCCGAUCUCCAAAGGUCAGCUAACAUCUGUAUGGACAUGAACGUCCGUCCAUAUGCCACGACAAACUGCGCUUAUAGCUGCAACCUGUGUGGAGCCGGUGCGGGGGGGACCAUGAACGGUGGCACUGCUACGGGAGGCGGAACUUUUACGACUGGAAUGUUUGCAGGCUGUGUUGACCACAUUCCAAACUGUAAGGAUUACGGAGCAUCUGUCUGCACAGACUCGUCCUUCGCCCAGUGGGCCGUCCAAAACUGCCCCUACUUCUGCAACAAGUGCUCAUCGACUUCCGGUGGAUCUGUGACGUACACGAGUGGCGGCUCCAGUGGAUCAAUUACCGGAACUGGAGUUGUCAGUGGAACGUCAGGGAGCUCAGGCUGCCUGUACCAGGGCCAAACUUACCGUCAAGGAGAUACCUGGAAAGAUGGCUGUAAGUUCAGUUGUACGUGUGUGGAUGCAUCGACCGGCCAGUACCGUUGUGAAGCGCUGUGUGUAAACUGGGACUUGCCCGCUCAGUGUCACACAAAUCCCCCGGCCGCAGGGAUGUGCUGCCCCACCCCCAACUGCCCAGCAGGCUUCAAUAUCCAGUACCCAGCCGGAUACGUUGUCCAAUAAAUAGAUACAAUUUUGCUUCAUAUGUACAUUAUUAUUCCAAUAAAAACAAAUGAUAA